AGUUAAGCGCGCGUCACUCACCGUUCAGCUUCUUCUGUCCGCGCGCUCCUCCACGCGCUCAUUCUCAGACAAGCACAAGCAUAUGUAAACAUGGCUGAGGAGAUUCAUACCGGUCAUUCCCCGGAUUUAGAAACUGCUCGAGAGCACGGGAUGAACGUGCAUAAGCGGCAAGCGCGCGUUACGGUAAAAUACAAUCGCAAACAGCUUCAGAAAAGGCUGGACGUGGAGAAAUGGAUCGACGAAGGGCUUGAACGGCUGUACGAGGGCAAGGACACGCCAGAGGAAGUGAACAUCGAUGAUUUGUUGGAUCUCCCAAGUGAUGAAGAGCGAACACACAAACUACAGGUUCUUCUGCAAACCUGCACUAGCAGCACUGAGGCCUUCAUUGCUGAGCUGUUGCAGAAGCUGCAUGGUCUCCAUAAACAGGAAGAGCUGCAGAAUGAAGGAAUUGAGCAUCCCUGUCUCCACACGUACCCACAUCACCAUGGCAACAUCCAUCAUCACAGAGGCAACCAUCAACAUCCAACACAUCAGACACUGUGAUUGUAUCUGGUCCGGAUAAUUGUGGUCGCUGAACUGAGCUCCCUAACACACUCAGGACACACGCACAAUGUUCAGUAUCCAACUAGUUUAGCAACUCGGUAACUAUGAGGUGUUUGUUUACAGACUUAUAAGAGUGGUACAUUUAAUAGUGUUCAGUUGUAAAAUUGCCAUCACUGCUGGUAGGUAAUUAUAUGCCGUAGCGAUAAUUUGUUUGCAGGGUUCUUUGUUGCUUGUUGACUGGGUUUUGUUUGAACUAGCAGUAUGCAAGAUGCAAUUUAAAGCUUAAUCUGCUGACAAAUGUAAAUUCAUGAUAAUAUACUUAACACAUGUUAACAAUCACAGGAAAGUACCAAAUUUGAGCAAAUACUUUGGACAUAUUAUUAAGUAUGGACAUAUUAUAGUUUAAUAAUGUUUAUGAACUUGUAGAUUUUAUAAAGCAAACCUUUAAUAAAAGUAACAAUUACUUGAA